CUAAAAAUUAAAAUAGUUUAUUUUUAGUUGGUAAUGAUUUCUAUCGUUUCUUAAAAAUAGAAUACAAAAUUUUAACCGUGAUAGUUUUUAUUGUGUAAUGUACAUAAGUCAACCAUUAAAUAAAAAUAUAAUUUGAUGUGUUGUAUAUUUUUUUUUAUAAAAUGAGUAUUAAUCUUGUUGUGAUUAAUUCCAUAAAAGAUAUUUUUUCUAUUGGUUAAACAACUUAAAUGAUUUUAGUUUGAGCUCCUAGGUUGCAUGAUUAAAUCUUAGUUAUGGUGAUUGAUAUACAUGUUUUGUUGUGAUCAAUAACAUCAAAUAUAGUUUGAGCUUGGAGGUCAUAUGUUCAAAUCUUGGUCAUGAUUAUUAAUACACAUGUUUUAAGUUUUAUUUUAAUGUAAUUAAUAACUUAAAAUGUUAAAAUCGUAAAUGACAUGGAAAACUGUAGAGCUUUCUUUGUCCUAAAAUCUUUCUCUAGAACGGCCAUAAUAUAUGUUAAGAUUGGACGGAAGGGUAGACUCGUUACGUUUUAAUAUUAGAAGAGUAUGUUUGUACAAAAUUUAGUAAAUGGGUACAUUUGUUAAUUCAGCAUAGUAGAGCCGUAGGGCGGUUAAUGAACCAAGCCGCUCAUGAACGGCUCGGUGUCCGACUCGAGAAAAACUCGUUCGACACUCAAUUCGUCUUAAUCGAGCCGGCUCGCGAACAACCUCAUUAACUAAACGAGCCGAACUUGAGCCAUAUCAUGUUCAGCUCAAAAGCUCGCGAACAAGCUCAUUUAAUGGUUUGGCAUAAAACAAAGGAUUAGAAUUCAUGGAUUUUAUGUAUUGAAAUCAGGAUAAAUAUUGUGUUUUACUUUGAUAGACUUUGCUACAGGUUUGAAUGCAAAUUGGUGCUCAGUUCUAGGUCAAUCUUGAGCUAUCAUGAACAUUUUAUGAGCUGAACUCGAUUUUGGGCUCUUUAAACUUAUUUGACGAGGCGAGCUCGAGCUUUCAUUUUCAUAAACGAGCCGUACUCGAUCUUGCAUAUUAAAGCUCGUGACGAACACGAGCCGAGCUCGAGCCUGGAAAUAUAUUAACGAGUCGAGGCCGAACUAUGACAAAGCUCGGCUCGAUUCGGCUCAUUAACAACCCUAAGUAGAGGGGUACAAAAUACUAUUAACCUUUAGGGUUAAUAGCAUUUUAUGCCCCUUUACUAUUGUAAAUUAACAAAUGUGCCCCUAUACUAUACUUUUGCACAAACAUACCCUUCUAAUAAUACAACGUAACAAAAAUACCCUUCCGUUAAAAAUUCUGUGAAGCGGCCGUUAACUGGAGUUGGAUUACGAUAGUACUGGGCACAAACUAUCAAACUUUUUUUUUAAUAAGUCUAGUAUUUUGGGGGAAAAUCUUACAAGAGGUGGAGAUGCGGGUAUCGUCAUAUGUGCCUUCCCCUCGUAUCUUCCUGCUCAACGGACCAAUUUUUGCUUUCGUUUCCCCUGGUUCCUUCUCUUCAAUCAUCUCUUCUGCUGUCGCCGCAGGCAGCAAAUGAAAGCAAUGAUGAUGAGAAGCAGUCGGUGUCUGGUUGAACGCCAGUUCUCUCGAAUCAAAGCUCUCCCUUUCUCAAGCCAAACCCAACCCAGAUCAAUGACGAAGAGCGCGUCGCUUUCAUCACUCCCCAACAAAACCCUCCUUAAACCCUUUUCCCCUUCUUCUUGUCUCUCCCCUUGCUCUCUGAUAAAACGACUCACCGCGAGCUCUGAUUUUCCUCCUGUACACCUUCCUCCUCGGUCCCUGACCACCAGCAGCUCCGCCGAGAGCGAAGGAAGUGAGGGAGGUGGACGAGAAGACUCCGACGACCCAAUUUCCUAUGAAACGGCCAACGAGGGAGAAUCGGAUGAUGGAUGGGAGGAGGAAGAAGAAGCUGAACCCAAGGUGGGGGACGGCGGGUCAGGUGGUGGCAUUGUGUUUCAAGGUGUUCCAUGGGGAGAAAGAACUCUCGCCAUUGCUCGUAAGGUCUUGGCGCAAUUUGGUGUAGAGGACCUUGAACUCUUCUCUUUCAAGACCACCCCUCGUGGAUAUGUAUACGUGAGACUUGAUAAAAUGUCAAACCAAUAUGGUUGCCCCAGUUUUGAGGAACUUGAGGAUUAUUGUCGAGAGUACAAUAAGAGAUUGGAGGAAGUUGGAGCCCUCGGAGAAAUACCUGAUAAACUGGCUGUUGAGGUAUCCUCUCCAGGUGCAGAUAGACUGCUGAAGGUGCCUGAAGAUCUAAACCGAUUCAAAGAUAUGGCGAUGAACGUGUCGUACUGGGAAGGCGAGGAGUCAAAUCAACGGGAAAAGAAUGGAGUAUUCUUCCUGGAGUCCGUAGAAGCAGAAACAGAGAGCUGUGUGUGGAAGUUGGCUGAUGUGAAGGAAAAUAGGGACCCUCAAAGCAAAGGCAGGCCUUUAAACCGUAAGCGGAGGGAGUCGAGGUUGAUUUUGCCCUUCAGAAUGCAUAAUAGGGUUACUUUGUAUCUUGAAUUCUGACAAUCAAAUGAUUAGUAGUAUCACUUUCACACAUUCAUACUAUUUCAUGUGUUAUGACCUUGACCCAAUUAGAUGGACGCUCUCUGGUCAAGAACAGACAACAAAAGACACAAUUAAGGGCAAGAGAUUGAAUUAAGCAACAUCAAAUAGUCAAAAAUAAAACUAGGGUUCAUUUACAGCAUUUCGUUCACCUAAAAUAUUAGUACAUAGAGUUGGGGUGGUUCUUACUCCAAGUAAAAGGGUUUCCCCUAGAUGAUGAGAAAAGAGAAAUAAGAGGAGGAAAGGAAGAUAUCAUCUUGUGGGAGUAAGGGUGGGCACUCGGUUCGAUAAAUCCGAACCGAGUCGAACCGAUUUAAAAUCGAACUGAAACCAAAAGAAUAUUAUUCGGUUCGGAAUUUGGAAACACAAUAGACAUAUUUCGGAAACCAGGGUCUCUCGAUCGAACUCGAAAUUCCGAUUGCCGAACUGAAAAAUCGAAUCAAUACAUCCAGCCCACAUAUCCAUACCUCAUCCCAACUAAAACUGGGCCUCGGCCCAUAUUCUCACCCACUCCUCAGCCCAUCACUCACCACUAUGCUAACCCUAAUAAAAUAAAAAAGAGACAAGUCAUAUCUCCCACUCUCCCAACCCUCUCGGCUCUCAUCCACCAGCCACCUCUCACCCACCGUCGUUGCUCCACAUCCCAACAAAACCCUUCUCCCCGCUGCCGCUCUGAAUCCCGCCACACUCCUCCCCGUUUUCUUCUCCUCACCCAGUGCCUGCCAUAGAUUGAAAAUAAAACAUUAAAACCCACAUGCAUCAAAAUAGAAAAGGAAUAGAUCGAGAGGAAGAGAAGGUAGAUCUGGGCCCCGGAUUCUCAGUGGGGAGAAAACUUUUCCCCUUGGUGGUUGGUGGUCACAAACCUAGUCGUCGCCAUCAUCGAAGCUGGGAGAGAAGAGCCGGGGUCAACAAAGGCGAGGCUGGGGAAAAUUGAGGAAGAGGAUGACUCAUAAGGAAAAGGGACUGCGAGCAGGUGUGCUUGGAGCUGGUCUUCAAAUCUCCUUGCUUCUUCUCUUGCAUGUGGUCUCCAAGUCCCAGACUAGGUGUGGUAGAGCUGGUCGAUCUCUUUCAUGUAACUUCGAAUGGCCAUAAGAGGUGGGAGGAGACAACCACCACCUCCAGCCUCAGGCAACAACCUUUGCCUUUCGUAGUAUUUUGUUGCUCUGCUUAUUGGCAAUGGAGAUUUGAUUAUGGAAAAGAGGCAGAGGGGAAAGAGGGAGAGUUAGAUAGCUUGAGAGAGGGAGAAAAAGCGGAGAAGAGCAAAAAAGAGGAGAGAGAGGGAGACAAUGGGGGAAGGCAGCGCAUAUAAAAGGGGAAGUCUUCACUCUUCCAUAAAUUCAGGUUUGACGGAAAAUCCGAACCGAUAGUUGUAUUUCGGUUCGGACAAACCGAACUAAAAUAUAGCUCGGUUCGAAUUCGGUUGGGGUAUUGGUAAUUUUGAAAAAUCGGCAAAUACUAGUUUGGUUCGGUUUGAACCGAACCGUCCGAACGCCCACCCCUAUGUGGGAGGCUCAGUUCUUCAUUCAAUCCUCUAAGCUUCAUAAAUCUCUAACAAGAGGUAGAAAUCUACCCUCUUCUUCUAGUUUCAUUCUCUCCGUUUUUAGAACACAAAACAGGUAUGGGGAGCAUACAUCAUGUAACACGUGAUCACAAAUACAAACCAACUCUGAUACUGAUGCAACAGAGAUAGUGGCGAAUAAGUUCAUUGAGAAACA